AGAAGAUGUAUAACGUUGAUAUGUUUAAUCCCGCGGAGAGAAAUAUGGUCUUUAAAUUACCACGCUGGUCUACUUUUCAAAAAACAAUUUUAGUAAAUGAAAGUUCACAGGGAACACUAUAUUAUAAACUCUUAGUUCAAGGUGUUGAAGAAACUUUUCCAACUAUUGAAUUGAGAAUUGUACCGUUAUCUUGUAUUGGGGAUCUGAAUUCAAUUAUCAUUAAAAUGUGCAUACCCUGGGCGCCAGGAUUUAACAAAUAUCAAAUUAUUCGAGAUCCUUCAGCGGAAGUCUUUUAUGUGAAUGUUCCGGUUUCUAGUCCAAUUGGCUAUAAUUCAUCAAUGAAUCCGAUUUCUUUAGAAAUUUUUUUGGAUCCACUUUGUCGAUAUCAAAUAAGUUACAAAUUUUCGAUUGUGGGCACAAUGUCUAGAAUAGCUCAACAGUUUUUGCACUGGUUGCCGUCUCAUCUGACAGCUGUUAUAUUAGUUAUCCUGAAGAAUCAAAUAAGUAAAUUCCAUGAUGAAUCAAGUACUAAGGGUAUUCGACCAUAUCAUGGGUAUUUUCAAUAUGCUUCGUUAUAUCUUAUAACCGGUUGUCGUGUAUUGAGCAAAUUUUUAACACACUAUGAUGAUAACGAAAGUGGGCGAGGCCUUUCAAUUUAUCCGGCUGUAAUUAUUCACGGCACCGCUAUAGUAUUAUCAAUAUUACUUGUUUUUUCAGUUUGGACUGCAAUCAUUCUAAAUGCGUAUGGACUUUCAAAACUAAUAAAUUGGUUUUUACUGAGGUCGGUAUUCUUACCCAUAGCAGACACAUUCCCAAUUUUAUUUGCCGCAUUCCUGAUUUCGCUGGCAAUAAGGACAUGUGGAACAGUGGCACUUAUCAUAACAUGUGCCUUAUAUUUAUUGUUGAUAUCGAAUGCUUACAGCGACUACUUGGAGAAUUGGUUACUAAAAACAGCAGUGUCGUUGCAUGCAAAAGUUCGUAGCUUUUAUGAUAAACAAAAUGGAAUAAAUACAACACCAACAACAGGCAUAUCAAGCGAUACAACUAGUCUUAUGAGUUUAAUUCGUUGUGAUGGAAUGAAUAAUUUCUCUUUUCACUUAUCUCUUUUCAACUUGCUUACUAUUAUGACUGGUUUGAACAGUAUGACUUUCGUUGCUUGGGUGAAGGAUCGCAGAAUUGUAAGUCCCGGAACAGACCCAUCUCUACUUCCCACUGUAAUAGUCAUAUCUUCCUUGAGCCUUUUAUGGCGAUUAAAAUCACCUAACAAAAUCUUUUCUUUCCGAAUUGGCUACAUGAUGGCAUCGUUACUCAUAUAUAUGGGUGCUGGAGCUUGCAUUAUUUACUGCCAGGACGCAUUGUAUAAACUAAACUAUUUAAUUGCUGGAACUUUUGUAUUGAUAACAGUGAUGGAAUUGCUGGGACAGUGUUAUAAGAAAUUUAUCCUUUGAAAAUGGUAAAAAGAGAAAAAAUUAAUAGUAAGUUGAAACCUAUUGGGAAUGGGAAAAUGAAGAGAAAAAUAAUUUACGCACGAUUAGUCGGGAAGAUGAAGAUGAGGUUAAAUUUUAAGACUUACAAAGGACUUAUCUCGAUUUCCUUGAAAAAAUGUGUGUGAAAAAUUGGAAUAAGCAUGUUUAUGGUUCAUUAAAGACUUUUUAUGUCCCAAACA